AUGAGAUUUACGAGACUCUUACUUGACAUCGGGAAGAAGUACUCGAAUGCGCGAGUUCUGUUGGGAAUCGAAAGCGGAGCGUCAAAGAAAGAAAUUCAUUCGGCUUAUUUGAAAAUGGCGAAGCAGUAUCAUCCGGAUAGGGCGCAAACAACAGAUCCUGCAGAAGCAGAGGCGAGAUUUCAAGAGAUCGGAGAUGCGUACCAGCUUCUUAUCGGAAAGUCUGAGGCGAAUCAAGAUUUCUCUGACGAAGAACUAACUCAAGAAGAAGCCAUCAAAAACGGCCACGCUCUGAACGAUGAAGGAUACCCUCUCGUUGCCGAUAUCGCGUAUGCUAAAAAUAUUCUUGGAGUUGAACCCGAUGCGACCAAAGAAGAAGUAAAAAGCCGAUUUGUUGAGUUGUCGUUAAAAUAUCAUCCGGAUAUCGGCGACGAAGAAAUUCGAGACGCCGAGUAUUUUAAAACUAUUACAGAAGCUUACAAAACUUUUAUGAACCAAGAAAUUUUAAAUCCUGGCCAAGUGACAUAUUCUGAUGCUAUUCACGCUGAUCAAUGGUACUCAGACGGGCGACGAAAAGUUCACAAAGUAGAAAACAUGAGCAAAAGAAGGCACGAACAGUUCUUUGGAUUUUCCCCUGACGAGAUAAAACCUGCAUCGGUGCUGAAGAAAAUGAGAAACUAUUCUGCUGAUGCUGGCCGACCAUUUGCUGUCAGAAAUGCUACUUAUCAAGGAAUGCUGCCUAGAAGUGAUGAUUCAAGGAGAAAGAAAUAG